AGACGAACUCCUCUCUCUCUCUAUAUAUAUAUAUAUGGAGAAUACGCCCCUCAGGAAGCGUGGAGAAGAACUGAAAAACGAAGAAAAAAUAAGAAAAAUCUCACUUUAAUGGCGGAAAACUAUUCGCUUGACGACUUCCUCGCCGUCGCCGUUGAAGCUGCAAAAAGCGCCGGAGAGAUAAUUCGGAAAGGAUUUCACGAGAAGAAGCUGAUUGAGCACAAAGGCCAGGUGGAUUUGGUCACAGAAACUGAUAAAGCCUGUGAAGAUCUCAUAUUUAAUCAUCUUAAGCAGCAUUAUCCCGAACACAAGUUCAUAGGUGAAGAAACUUCAGCUGCCUUUGGUACUGCAGAGCUGACUGACCAGCCUACAUGGAUUGUCGACCCUCUUGACGGAACAACUAAUUUUGUUCACGGGUUUCCUUUUGUGUGUGUAUCGAUUGGUCUUACAAUUGGAAAGGUUCCUACCGUUGGUGUCGUUUACAACCCUAUAAUCAAUGAGCUCUUCACUGGCAUUCGUGGACAGGGUGCUUUCCUAAAUGGAAAAUGCAUAAAAGCAUCUUCGCAAACUGAGUUGGUUAAGUCUCUCCUCGCAACAGAGGUCGGAACAACGCGUGAUAAAUCAACAGUGGAUACCACCACAAAUAGAAUUAACAGCUUGAUUUUCAAGGUGAGGUCCCUUAGGAUGAGCGGCUCAUGUGCUUUGAACCUCUGCGGCAUCGCGUGCGGGAGGCUUGAUCUCUGCUACGAGUUUGGAUUCGGCGGCCCUUGGGAUGUUGCUGGUGGUGCUGUGAUCGUUCAAGAAGCAGGCGGUCUAGUGUUUGAUCCAUUGGGUGGAGAUUUUGACAUCAUGUCGAGGAGAGUAGCAGCGACGAAUGCUUAUCUCAAGGACCUCCUUGUCAAUGCACUAAAGGAAGCCGAGUAGAGCUGCCAGUCCCGAGACUGGAAGGCCUUCAUUUAUUAGUAUUUUUUUAACCAUUUAUAUGCCACUUAGCUAUACAUAUCAAGAUACGAUAGCGAACUGGCUGCUGCCCCAGCCACUUAUUCUAAUGCCCAUUUUUUAGUUGGAAAGCUGAACAACUAUUGAGGUUAUAUAUUUAUAUGAGGUGUACUUAACCCCUACAGGAGUCCUUGAAAGGUGGGAAUCAUUUUGGUAAUUGAUAGUAUAUUUUGCAA